AUGGAUGGAGAGGAGAAAACUUAUGGUGGCUGUGACGGCCCUGAUGCCAACAUGUAUGUCAAAUUGAUAUCUUCUGAUGGUCAUGAAUUUAGUGUAAAAAGAGAACAUGAACUAACAUCAGGAACAAUAAAAGUCAUGUUGAGUGGCCUGGGUCAGUUUGCUGAGAAUGAAACCAAUGAGGUCAAUUUUAGAGAAAUCCCUUCACAUGUACUAUCAAAAGUAUGCAUGUAUUUUACCUACACGGUUCGCUACACUCACAGCUCCACCGAGAUUCCCGAAUUCCCGAUUGCACCUGAAAUUGCACUGGAAUUGCUGAUGGCUGUGAACUUCCUAGAUUGUUAA